UAGUCAUCCAGGAAGAUUCGAGGCUCAUGCGCAUCUUCCGGUCUCAUAUUCGGUUCUUUUUUGUUUUCAUCCAAAAAUUCAAAACUAGUUUCUUACGUAACUGAAUCGACCACCACCUUCUCAUCGCAUCAUCGAUUCGUCUAUUUAAGCAAGCUCCUCGGUUUUCCCUUCUCAGCUUAAUCACUCCGACAUUUUCGCUCAGAACUAUUGGCUUGCAUCCGUCGAUCUCCUUCCAACAUCAAACUUGUACCAGCAAAUUCUUGCUGGUACAGAAAUUGGCCUGUACUAUUGUGGGUGUGCAUAUGAGCCCUACAAAUUCAUUGAAAUACAGUGGAGCUCAAGCCCUAGAGGGUGUGCAUGGGGUCCAUGUGGAUCCUCAUUCUCCAUUUUCAUUGACAGAGACUGAUCAAAAUGGGAAAUUUCAUUCAUCAACUUGUGGAGCUUCAUUUUUUGGUUCAAAUCAUCUGCUGUCAUUGCAACAGGCAUGGCAGCAAAGACCAGCUUGUUUGAGACCCAUCAACUGUUGCAUCAAUGGUGAUAUGCAUAUUGCUGAAACAGUUGCUAACGUGGUUACUUCACUUCCUUUUAUAGCUCUAGGAUUGAAUGCCCCCAGGAAGAAUCUCAAUUCCAAGAUGUAUGCUAAUUCAUUGAUUGGAGUUGGAGUGGCCUCGAGUAUGUACCAUUGUUCAAGGGGAAAGCUGAGAAAAUACUUGAGAUGGGUUGACUACACAAUGAUAGCAGCAGCAACUGUUUGUCUGUCAAGGGCACUGAGAAAUGAGAAUCCAAAGAUGCUGAUGGCGGCAACUGCAGUUUUUCUUCCUGUUCAGCCAUUGAUGGUCUCAAUUGUUCACGCUGGGAUGAUGGAGGUAGCAUUUGCGAAAAAGGCAUUGAAAGAUCCAGACCUUAGGAUGGCCUACAAUGUGCAUAAAAUGUCAUCAUUACUGGGUGGUGUGCUUUUCAUAGCCGAUGAUUUAUAUCCUAAAACUCCAUACAUUCAUGCUGCUUGGCAUCUUGCUGCAGCUGUUGGUGUAGGUACCUGCAAUAAGCUUCUUGAAUAGGUUCAUGUGUCUCCUCUCUAUUUAAAAGCUGCCAAUCAUGCGGCUUAUGACACAUUGAUCAACCAAAUUUGUCGAUAUAACCUGUAUGAUCGAUCUGCUUGGAUUAGAAGGCAAGAAAAGGCCUUUGUGUUAGAUUAUUAGGUAGAUCAACCCACUUUAAUUUGGAUUCCAUAUUUAUUAACGGGCAGAGAUGUGGUUUUAUCAUCUUUCAUUGUACUCUUAUUGAUGAAUUUGUGAUGUUAUAUAUUGUAGCUUUUGACA